GCCUCGUGUAAUCCACACCGAGCAGAACCAACUUUGCAGAAGAAGAACAUCGUUCUUCUCACACGGUCACCCGCAACAGGAGGAGUUGGAAAUCGUGGAAAUCCCCGCCCGCCGAGCUCCGACCGCCGUCUCGGUCUGCCAGAACGGCGCAAACACGAGGAGGAGGAUACCUCGAGCUGCGGCGAGUCCUCCGGUGUCCCGCCCAAGAUGAAUAUACUCGAGAGGAUACGCGGGGGCGGCGAUAAAACGACCGGGACGGAGACGCCCCGCAAGCUGGAGCCCUGGGUGGAGAUUUCGGAGUCCGUCUCGCGGCUCUGCUGCUUCGACGCCCGCAGCAGGGGCGGAGGCAUAUCUGUAAAAGUUAUCCAGGAUUCAAGGCCGAUACAUGAUAAGUUGGUUGAUUCUUUCUUGAACAAAUUUUUCCCAUCCGGUUAUCCAUACAGUGUGAACGAGGGUUACCUGACAUAUACCAAAUUCCGAGCACUCCAGCAUUUUUCUAGCGCUAUGCUGCAUGUGUUAUCAACCCAGUCUUUGUUAUUUGCUGCAGGUUUACGACCUACCCCUGCCCAAGCAACUGCUGUAAGUUGGAUUCUUAAAGAUGGGAUGCAGCACGCAGGAAAGCUCAUCUGUAGUGGCAUGGGGGCAAGAAUGGAUUCAGAGCCAAAGAGUUGGAGGAUAUUUGCUGAUGUUCUGUAUGAUUUCGGUACUGCCUUGGACUUCAUUUCACCAUUGUGUCCACAACUUUUUCUUGAAGUGGCGGGCUUGGGAAAUUUCGCAAAGGGAAUGGCUGUGGUUGCUGCCAGAGCGACAAGGCUACCAAUAUAUUCUGCUUUUGCCAAAGAAGGUAACCUUAGUGACUUGUUUGCUAAAGGGGAGGCCAUCUCAACACUUUCCAAUGUCAUGGGGAUAGGGGCUGGCAUUGGAUUAUCAUCCACUGUAUGUUCCACAACUCAAGGAAAGCUAAUUAUAGGCCCAUUGCUUUCUGCUGUACAUUUAUAUGGAGUUGUGCAAGAGAUGAGAGCAAUUCCUAUAAAUUCACUUAAUCCACAAAGAACAGCAAUGGUGGUGGCUGAUUUUAUCAAGAGUGGGAAGGUUUCUAGCCCAGCUGAGCUAAGAUACAGAGAAGAUCUUCUGUUUCCUAACCGAUUAAUAGAAGAAGCAGGUAGUGUGAAAGUUGGACAACCACUUUGCAGAAUUUUGAGCCCGCAGCGCGUUGAACAGCUGAGAGCUACUUACCCAAACGAGAAAUUUUUGCUCAGCCUAAAGAGCAAUAAAACAUACAUGGUCCUUGAGCAGAGUGCAACUGGAGAGGAUGCACUGAGGGGGUGGCUGGUCGCUGCCUUUGCUUCAGAGAUGGAGAAAUCAGGUGUUGGUUCACGUGAUUCAGUUCUAAAUGAAGCCUAUCAGAAGAUGGAGGACGUAUUCCCUAUGUUCGUUUCAGAAGUUAGGAGUAGAGGCUGGUACACAGAUCAAUUUCUUGAUGGAAAUCGUAGUCGAAUUGCAUAUGCAAAAUCCCAAUAGCUGCGGAUUGUCAGUUGCUGGAGGAAGAUCACAUACCAUGCAGGCGUCACAUCCUACCUGCAAUUUUCAGAGUUACAGAUGAAAGGAUUAUUUUUGUUUAACCUCUUAGUGUUUGUAGAACUUUUUGUCCAAUGUCAACUGUCGGUCAUAGGAUCACCAUUCUAGUGAUUCCAGUGUUCUGUUUAGUAUCUGAUGAUGAUUCUGACAGGAUCACGCAUCAUCCAGCUGAUUAAAGUUGCAGCA